AUGGCUCUCCUCCCCAAGCCGUAUCGCCGCCGAGUCACUCGCCAGCAAACCAAGUUCUUCAAGACCAUCUUCCCGUUCCUCGCCCUCCCAGCCGAGAUUCGCGAGUUGAUCUACUUCUUCUGCUUCUCCUUCGCCAACAUCAACGGCUUCUUCAGCGAGUUCUUCAAUUUCGUCAAGGCCGAGGCUGAUGUUGGCAACGACAAGCCAUUGGGCAAGAUUCCCUUCUGCUCGACUCCCAGCAUCCUCUUGAUCAGUCGCCAGAUCUUCUGCGAGGCCAUCACCCUUAUCCGCAAGCACUCCAUCACCUUUAACCACGGUAUCUUCAACAUCAAGCCGCUGAGCCAGGUCAUCACUCCGAAUCCUCUCCGUCAGCUCUCCUCGAUCGAGAUCACCGACAAAGGCCACCCUCUCCUGACGAAGAAGACCCUCAGCGUCACCUGGCACGGUUACAUGCGGUUGAUCAAGAGCCUCGCCCAGAUCCUUUCCAAGGGCCACCACCUCAAGAACUUCACCAUCCGCUUCGACGACCCCAACCUCGUCGAGCACGUCACCACCUGCGCCGCCGGUAGCUGGAAUUGUGGUUUCCGUGACCAACUGCGAGACGCCAUCUUGAGCCUCAAGAUCGUCCGCGGCGUCAAGAACGUCACCUUCAUCGGCCUCGAGAAAGCAGUCGCCGAAGAGGUCAAGCAUUACAUGCAGAGACCCAAGGUCAUCGGUUUCGAAGACUUCCCCGACAAGGUUCGCGAGAUCGUCUACGGCGACGCCUUCGACUGGUCCUCCGUUUCCAAUGCCCUCGCCCGCAGCGUUGCCAAGUGGCCAAACGAGAACAGAGUCAACAGACCCUUCCCUAACCCCAAGAUGACCACGCCGACCAUCCUCCUCCUCAACAAGCGCAUCACCAAAGAGGCCCUCGCCAUCAUCCGCAGCCAGCCCCUCAAUAUCGUCUUCCCCACCUCGCCCGCCAUCGACGGCGGCAACUGGCGAUUCCCACAACCCUCCCGCUACCUCCCCAUCAAGACCCUCCGCCACGUCACCACCCUCAACAUCACCCUCAAGCACUGGAAGUGGGCCUACAACCUCAUCCUCCCCCUCUCCGCCGUCCUCCGCGAAGCCAAGAAGCUCCAGAAGUUCACCAUCACCGUCGUCGACGUCGACGACAAGGAGAAGCAGGGCGUCCUGAAGUGGCCGCGCAGCAAGGGCUCCAUCCCCCUGCCGUACCACCCUGCGUUCCACGGCACCGUCAAAGCUCGCGAGCUGAAGGAUUGGGGCGUCUCUGGCCAUAUCGGUGAGAUGUUCGUCAAGCCGCUCGGUCAUGUCUUGAUGUUCAACGAGUACGAGAAGCGUGACGACUUCGGUCUGAUGCCGACGGCUGGUAGUUUGUACGGCAGGCUUGUUUGGGGUCGCUAG